CAAAUCCUAAAUACCCCGCCAAGUUUCCCCCCAUUUUGUUACUUAGUUUGGCGCGAAAACGAAAUCCCCUUUAAAUCCUGACCUCUACUCUUCUAAAAUCUCCGACCCUAAUUCCAAUUCCUCCCAAAAAAUGCCGCCAUCACUUGAGGAAUCCGAAGCUCUCAAGCCAAAGUUCUUGCUCGCCGAAGAGAUCGCCUCCAUCCGAUCAGUAAUCGGCGGCAAAAUCCCCGAAUCAAAGAUCAUCGGAGCCCUCACCGCCGCCGGAAACAACCCUGAUCGCGCUGUCGGCAUCCUCCUCGACUCGCCGGAGCUAAUCGCAGACCCAAAACCCGUUGAAAAGGAGGUAGAGUCCGAACUCCCCAUAAAAGCUACUGAGCCUAAGAUCGUCGAAAAAGACACUGAAGUCAGUCUUGAAGAGGAGGUUGGUGAUAACUCGAGUCUUUUAGAAUCAAAUAUUGUUUCUAACAAGAAAAAACAAGGAACAAAAGUUGAGAUGGCUGAUUCUAAUAGAGUUGCUACUCCAAAGAAGGAGGCUUUAGAAGAGUAUGAGAAGGUUUUAGCAAGGAGUCAUUGUGCUCCUUAUCUUAAUCCAAGGCCCAUUAGGGCUAUUAAGCCGGAGACGGUAACAGAUCGAAGAAUUCAAUUGGUGCCUGAGGUUGAUGCAGCUGAGUUUGCCGAGUUUCCUGAAGAGGGCAAUUGGGUUUUUAUCGGGAGAACUUAUGUAGCUGGGUUAUCGACUUGUCGAGGGAAGAAGAAGAUUGAUCCUGGUGAGAUUGUUUACUUUACCUUUCCAAAGACUGAUUUUCAAAAGCAAUAUGGGAGAAGGUGGGUGAGGGUGAAAGCUGCAGCUGCAUCGUCGGAGAUUGUAAGAUUUUCUACCAAGAGAGCUGGAGAGAUUGGUAAGCUUCCACCAGAAUGGUCGACGUGUCUCAUUCCGCUUGUGAAUUCGUCUAAGGUUAAGGUUAAGGGACGGUGUGUGACUGCGACAACUGAACUUAGAUUGAUGCAAGUUUUGUUAUAUGUUAGCUUAUACAUUCAUAGUUCGAUUUUUACGGAAGGGGAUAAAUCUUCAUUUAAGCUAGAAGCUUCUGCACCGAUAGAUCCUAAUGUUUGUCCCCUCCCAACUCUCUUCAGACUAAUGAAGAUGAAACCAGUUCAAAAGGCAGAAUUCACUCCUGAGGAUCUUGAUUCCGGAAAGCGAACUCUAAGUUUAAGAGGUGAUGGUGAAUCCCAAAUUGUGGGUCUUGCAAAACGGCGAAAAACAGGCACUACUUAUGCUGAACAGGAUGAAGAUGAACAAGCGAUCUCUGAGGCCUCUUUGAAUAAACUUGUCGGCACUGCAGAGUUUUAUGACUUAGAGGAGGCAGAACCUCCAAGCACACUCCUCUGUAGUUUGUGGCCAUACUAAAAACAAGCCCUCUAUUGGAUGUCAAAACUAGAGAAGGGGCAGCAAGCAGAAAAGACACUUCAUCCUUGUUGGGCAGAGUACAAUAUUUGUGAUACGAGAGCAUCAACUAUAUAUGUGAAUAUUUUCUCUGGAGAAGCUAUAGCUGAUUUUCCUAGUGCAACUCAGAUGGCACGAGGAGGGAUUUUAGCAGAUGCAAUGGGGCUUGGAAAGACUGUCAUGAAAAUUUCUCUAAUACUUGCAAAUCCAAGGGGAAGAUCAUGAAACCAUGAUAUAGAAAUGGAGAAUCCUGAGGAAGAAUCAAAUUUUGUAAAGGGAGGAACCCUAAUUGUUUGUCCCAUGGCAUUACUUGGCCAAUGGAAGGAUGAGCUAGAGACCCAUUCACGGCAUGGUUCAAUUUCUGUAUUCAUUCACUAUGGUUGUGACAGAACAAAUGAUCCCAGAGAAAUUGCCAUUUAUGAUGUCGUAUUAACAACAUAUGGGGUUCUACAAUCAUCUUUUAAAUCUAAUUCAAAUUCAAAGCCGAGCAUAUUUCACAGAAUUAAUUGGUACAGAGUGGUACUAGAUGAAGCACACACCAUCAAAUCUUCAAAAGCUCAAGUAGCCCAAUCAGCCUUUGCUCUAACUGCAUACUGCCGUUGGUGUCUUACUGGUACUCCUCUUCAGAAUAAUUUGGAAGAUCUCUACAGCCUCCUUUGUUUCUUAAAGGUCCAGCCAUGGUGUAAUUGGGCAUUGUGGCAGAAACUGAUUCAAGGGCCUUAUGAGAAAGGUGAUGAAAAAGGGUUAAGAUUGGUUAGAGGUAUUCUAAGAUCACUGAUGCUUAGAAGAACGAAGGACACAAAGGAUACAAAUGGAAGGCCCAUUCUCGUUCUGCCUCCUGCCACUGUACAGAUUGUGGAAUGUGAACAAUCAGAAGCUGAGCGUGUUUUCUAUGAUGCUCUUUUCAGGAAAUCAAAGGUCAAGUUUGAUCAAUUGGUUGCACAAGGAAAAGUUCUUCACAACUACGCUUCCAUACUAGAGUUUCUUAAAUUGAGGCAAUGCUGCAACCACCCUUUCCUAGUUGUCAGUCAAAAGGGAAAUCAAAAGUAUGCAGAUCUCAACAAACUAGCCCGUCAUUUUCUACAUGAAUCAAACUCAGCCCCCAGCAAAGCAUAUGUAGAAGAAGUAAUUGAUGGACUUCGUCGAGGGGAUGUAACAGAAUGCCCAAUUUGCCUUGAAUCAGCAUCAGAUGAUCCAGUGCUCACUCCAUGUGCACAUAGAAUGUGCAGAGAGUGCCUUCUUGCUAGUUGGUCGAGUCCAGCUGGUGGGCCAUGCCCAAUUUUCCGCAAGGCUCUGACUGAAGCUAGCCUUAUUACAUGCCCGUACGAGAAUAAUUUUCAGGUUGAUGCACAUGAGAACUGGAAGGAUUCUUCAAAGGUCGCUGAGCUCCUUAAGUGCAUAGAGAGCAUUAAGAGAUCAGGUUCAGGUGAAAAGAGCAUUGUGUUUAGCCAAUGGACUUCAUUCUUGAAUUUGCUCGAGAUUCCUCUUCGUAAGAAAAAUAUCGGAUACUUAAGGUUUGAUGGAAAGCUGAAUCAGAAGAAUAGGGAAAGGGUCUUGAAGGAGUUCAAUGAGACCAGAGAUAAGACGGUCUUGUUAAUGUCACUGAAGGCUGGAGGUGUAGGAUUAAAUCUGACUGCUGCUUGCUUCCAAUGUCUUUCUGAUCCUUGGUGGAAUCCUGCAGUAGAAGAGAAAGCGAUCAUGAGGAUUCAUCGAAUUAGGCAGAAAAGGAAGGUCAUAGUGAGGAGGUUCAUUGUUAAGGACACAGUGGAGGAGAGGAUGCAGCAGGUGCAGGUGAAGCAGCAGCGAAUGAUUGCAGGUGCUCUCACUGAUGAUGAAGUCAGGACCGCUCGUCUUGAGGAGCUUAAGAUGCUCUUCAGAUAAGUCUUUUCUUUUUCGGUUUGUUGCAGAGUAGGGGGCUUAGACGGCAGCUGGAUGAUCGAAGAGAUGACAAUGUCAAAUGUUGCAUAUUGGUUUUUUGGCAACUGCUUUGGUCAUCUGGAUGUUGAUUUUGGUGGAUUGGUUUGAUCAUGUCAAUCCUUUUGUAAAUGUUCUUAUCCUUUUGUAAAUGUUCUUAUGCUUUGCGAAUCUUAUUUAUAUAUGUAAUAUAGGUUAUUGAAGAUUGGCACUAGACUUUCUCAUGACUUUUUCAGUCUUUUAUGAAAUGAUAUAAUGGGAGAAAUAGUUAUU